AUGCGAGAGGAGGGUGGGGCAACGGCAGCGACGGCGACGGCAGAGGAUGAAGCCGCGACGCUGCGAACAGCAAAGGCCAAAGCGGCGGCGGCGGCGCCGCGUAGAGACGGUGGAAGCCCGCGGCUGUCAAGCUCCGCCUGGAUCACUUCCUUUCCGCCGCCACUACCUGCGCACGUGCCUCCACCGCCGCCUCCGCAAGAGUUCGCGGAAGUUGGUUCGCGCGCAAGUGGGAGAGGGAGGGCGGAUGGGAGCAGCAAUGACGGGGUGCUGCGCGGAGGGGGAAGCGGAGGCGGAGCAGGAGGGAAGAGGGAGGUGAGGAUGCGGGCACGGGGGGCGGAGGAUGGUAGAAGGGGCCAGGCGGAGGUGUGGGGAAGGGCGGGAGAGAGGGAUCGGGGGAGAGCGCAUGACUCUCACCCUCACACCAUCCCCGCCUUCCUGCCGGCGCCCGGCCCCCUCACCUCGGACCAAACCCAGCUCUGCCCCCCUUUCCUCCCCUCCACACAGCCAGCUGCAUGGCUGGCUCAAGCUCCUUCUCCUCCCUCCCACCUCUCCCUGCUGUCCUUUCACUCUCUCCCCCGUCUGGCCUCUCUCCUAACUCAACCCAUCCCUCAGGUACGCCCAUCAGGUGGCGGCAGAAAGAUCCCGUCAAGGCGAGCUAAUGGGCAUGUUCUUUUAUUCGACAAAAAAACACUGGGUGAAAUGGGCAAAAGGGGAAGGCGGCACAUUGCGCUUCAAGUCAGGACGUUCCCCCUUUCCAUCCACCUUUCAACCUCCCCACCCCUCUCCGCCCUCCACAUCCCUCCCUCCUUUUCCCCUGCAAAAUUAGGGUGCCAUGUGGCAGUGGAGGGUACUGGCAGGGCUGAAGCAGGCCUCUCCUUACCCUCCACAUCCCUAUGUCCUCUCCUCAGACCCUCUCCUUUUUCUUCCCCCCCGCCCUUCACCUCCAACUCCUCCCUUCUCCCGCAUGAGCAGGGAGAGAUGAGACGCCGUGUGCUGGCAGGGCUGAAGGAGCUGGGAGCAAUGCAGCGGCGUGUGCUGGCAGGGAUGAAGGAGGUGGGGCAGGCUAUGACCAGCAGGAGAACCAAGUGUGUGGUGCUGGCGCCUAACGUGGAGGAGGUGCGUGGGGCAGGCUUUCUUGAUGUUGCCCUUAAGCCCAUCCUAUCUGAUGCCGCUGCUCUGCAUGCACCAUUCCCAGCUCAUACCAUCCCCACCCAGACCCACCCGCCCCUCCACCCUCUCCCUUCCCCGUCGCACGAUGUAGAAGCACUGGAGUCAUCACCUUACGACCUGCAGAUGGGCCAGUAUGCUGCCACCGCAUUGGCUGCCCUCGAUGAUGUGGCAGCCUGCCAUUGGCUGCCUUGCAGGUGA